GUGCCCCAUGCAGGGAUGGGGGCUGAGGCCAAAGACCACGCUUUCCAGCAAUCACAGCAGAAACUUAAACAAACCAUAAAGCCGGGCUGGCACUGCGCGGCAGGGCCCUGCGGCGGGAGCGUGGAGGUGCCGGACGACAGGGGCAAGGCUGGGUGUCCCUGCGCCCCGGUGACACGGACAGCCCCUCCCUGUGCCCAGGUGUCCGCCGGAGCUGUCCUGAUGGAGCUGGAGAACGUCUCGCAGCCCGUGUACGGCCCCGGCCCCGAGGCCCCGGGGAGCAGCACGGCGGGACUGGUGGGGAUGGUGCAUGGCUUCCUGCGGCUGGUGCAGCCCAACGCCCUGCCCGUAGAACUAAUCACAGAUUUUGUGCAGCCCCAGAGUGAUGAGGCCAUCAAGGAGCAAGUCCAGAAGCUGUUGCUCUACGAACUGGGUUUCCUGGUCUGUGGGGCCAUCGGGCUCCUCUUCAUCAUCCUUGUGCCCCUGGUGGGAUGUUGCUUCUGCUGCUGCCGCUGUAGCGGGAACUGUGGGGGCCGCAUGUACCAGAAGCAGAGCCGGCGGAUGAGCUGCAGGCGCCAGGCGCUCUGGACCUCUGUUCUGCUGGUCUCUGCUCUCCUCCUGGCCGGUGAUGUCUGCGCCUUCAUCAGCAACACUCGCUUCUCCCAGGCUGUGCACAGCACCUUCCCCAACAUCAACAACACCCUGGACAAUGUCCGCACCUACGUGGCCUCCAUCCCCCAGCAAAUCAAUUUUAUCAUCGACAGCAGUGACGUCCCGCUGGGCCAUGCCAACCACAGCCUCCAGGACAUUGGGCCCAGCCUGGGCGGUAUGAUCAUCUCUGGCAUCAGGAGUAGCACAGAUGGGGCUCUAGGAUCCCUCCAGAGCCUCUUGCAAGAGAUAGAGAUGCUGGCAGCUGCCUUUGGCAGCAUCACCAGCACUCGCUCGCACCUUGAGGAGCUGCAGAGCAACUACAGCCAGCAGCUGGCCAACCUGCGGGAUGGCAUCAACCAGACCCUGCGGCGCUGCGGCCAUCCCUGCGGCAACGUGUCCUUGGAUGGCCUCUCCUUCAGUGCCAACUUCAGCACGAUCCCUAGUGUGGAACGGCAGCUGGAGGCACUGGGUGAUGUGUCUGUCUCCAACAUAGCAGCUGAUUUAGAGAAGGUUAACAGCACACUGGAAAUGACCACUGCUAAGGUGCAAGAGCAGUCCCAGGAAGUGGUGACAAAGACCCAGGACCAACUGGGCCUCAUCAGGCAGGAGAUCAGGAGCUUACAAGAUCAGAUGCCGCUCCUGGAUGUGGAGGAGAAUGUUGAGUAUUUUGUGGACAAUACCGCGUUGGUGCUGGAGGAGUACAGGAAGCCAGUCAUUGACUUGGAUGGGCUCAGGUGGAUCGUGUGUGUCCUCCUGUGCUGCACAGUGCUGCUGGUGGUUCUCUGCAAUGUCUUCGGGCUGCUGCUGGGGCCCCUGGGGCUGAAGGAGAGUGUGCUGCCCACACAGCGCAGCAGCCUCUCCAAUGCCGGCGGGAACUUCUUUAUGGCAGGGGUUGGCUUCAGCUUCAUCUUCUCCUGGCUGCUUAUGCUGUUGGUGCUGAUCACCUUCGUUCUGGGGGGGAACAGUUACAUGGUUGUCUGCGAGUCCUGGCGCAGCCAGCAGCUCUUCCAGCUCCUGGACAACCCCAGCCUUGUCCCUGGCUUCAACCUGUCAGAGCUUCUGGGUCAGGAGGGUGGCACAACAAACUUGUCGGAGAUGUACAGGCAGUGCCAGCAAGACACUGCCCUGUGGCAAACGCUGCACCUGGACCAACGUGUGUCCCUGGAUGAGGUCUUGAACAUCAGCCAGUACAAAGGAGAGAUCUCCACGGCUUUCGAGAAGAUGAACAUCACCCUGAGCCCCAUCUCCUUGCUCAACCAGAGCCAGAAAGACAUGCUGCUCAAUGCCAGCCGUGCUGGGCAGCCCCCCAAUUUCACUUCCAUCCUGGAGCAGCUGGAUCAGAAUGUGACCCAGGGAAGCCUCUUGUAUCUGGCUGCAGAGCUGGAGCAGCUGGCAGACAAAGCGGAUGCUGACGUGAGAGACAACCUGAAGGCUGAUGCGCGACAGCUGAGGGAGCUGGACAAGGAAAUGCAGAUGAGUUUCUCUGGGCUGCUGCAAAGCCUGAGGGAGAACAUCCACUUGGUGCAACACGAGGCUGCCCAGCUCGAGGCACAGACAAACGCUACGCUGGACAAAGCCAGUGAAGCCCAGGAGUUCUUGGAGAGAGAAACAGCAAACAUCAUCAAGAACGAGACGUGGGCCUUCCUGGAGAACCUGUUGGACUUCUUUGAGACCUACAUCUCCUGGGCCAAGAGCAGUCUGACUGAAGAUGUGGCACGUUGCAAGCCCAUAGCUCAGGCCCUGGAUAACGUGGAGACCAUCACCUGUGACUACAUCCUGGACUCUCUGAAUGCCUUCUGGUUCAGCCUGGGCUGGUGCACCUUCUUCUUGCUGCCCAGCAUCAUCCUGGCCGUCAGACUAGCCAAAUUUUACCGCCGCAUGGACAUCGCUGAUGUCUACAGGGAUGAAACCUUUGAGAUGCCACCCACGUUCAACUUCUACAAAUUGCCCCAACCCACCACAAGGCAUUAGCCCAUUGCCCACAGCACAGGCACGGAGGAGACGGACACAGCUGCUCUGUAUGCUGCGCCUUCUCCAUAGGCAUUGGGGAGCAGCCUGGGACCCCCCAGCUGAACACCUCUCCCCAAUUCUGUUAUGUGACAAUGCCCCAGUACGUGUGGGAGCAGGGGCUGGCCCUUGCAUUCCCCCAGGUGGGACUUCACCCCCACAGACCCUGUGGGCUCAGUGCAGCUCCUACCAUCCACGCCACCACAGCCUGUGCUGCCAGUCAGUGGAAAGCUGCUCACCCAGGCCCCUCUCUUGAAAAAUGUGAAUAUUUAUUUUCACAGGGAGCCCAGUUCUUCCUAAAGCUGUGAUUUUUGGUGUCAAACAAUAAAUGGGGUGUUUGUGUGCACUGCAGGCAUGUGGCUG